UUUCUGUGACAACAACAAAAUGGAACUGAUAAGAUAAGCGAGCUUUUCAAAUCACGAAACAUUUGGAGUCGAAACUUACGUACAAGUGUGUUUUUCAAAGUAUAUUUUCACUCAUACCAAAGUUGUUACUGGACUCUCAACAAUGUCUUCAAAUCCGGACGAAGCAAGUGCCACCAUGCAUGAUUUUGGAGAUAUCAAAGACGAUGAGCAUGCAAUGACCGAAUCCUACACUGAAAUCAGUCAAAGUUCAUCUAUUAGCCCUGCCAGACGACCAAGUCAGUUGAAUCUGAAAUGUGAAGUAAUGUCUGAAAAACUGAAAGUAUUGGAAUAUCUUGACCAACUUGAAGGUGUAGUCCGUCAGGAAGGAGAUAUGGUAACAUUUGUUGCCGAAGACCUAGAAACCAAAAUCAAGCUUUCUAGCCCGCCAGCCAGGAAAGAAGGUCCUGUUCCGAGAGGCUGGCCUCUCAAACCUCUGCUAGAUAACCCUAUCUUGAACGAGCUAGAAUUGGAGGCAAGUCGCAUUGCGUCUUCUGUAGACACACUGACUGAAAACCUUGCUGGUAUUCUACACAGUGUUUCAGCCUUAACUGUUGAUUGUUUAGACACCUAUAGAGAUGUUGUUUGCAAAACCUGUGACGCCGUUGAUCUAAAUAUCAAAUCGACCUAUCAAUUGAUGGCAAAAUGUGAGGAAUUAGGAAAGGAGAUGGAACCAGUUUAUGCCCUAGCCAAUCAAAUAAAAGAAAUCAAAAGGCUCUUAGACCUUCUUGAAAAUGCAGCCAACAUAUCCUGAACUCUCGUGAAUACUCUUGAACCUGUUUCUUCCUGUAUGGCACCACAACUAAUGCUGUCUUCUUUCUAUUUGGAUAUUGCUUUGAAGUGGUUUGUUCUGUUGUUUGUGAACGCAGAAUGAGAAAAUUGGUACCUUCGAUUGCCAACCUCAAGCAAGGAAGGAGAAUCAGUGAAUAGUGGAAUGUUCAAUGAUUCAAUUUAUCUACGCUCAUCUUAUUUACCAAGUCAAAGUGGACACCAAUAGCAUUCCCUUGACAGCGAUUUAUACCACUAUUUGUUGAGGCUAUUAAUAAUGCGAAAAUAAUUACAUUCAAAGGUCAGAAAAUUAUCACCAUUGUAAGAGAAUUCAGGAAAAAAUCAUUUUAUCUUGGUUAGCUCAAUUUGAUCUACUUGUACAGUAGCAUGAAGACCAAAAAACCUGCACUAGAGCACCCUCACUUUAACCCCAUGCCAGCUAAAGACGUGUUUACACAUCAUUGUGAGAUAUCUUUCGUUGAGCAGAAGUGCUCUCUCAAAACGAAUAUACAGGGUGAUCUAGAGUUAAACAGCCAGACUUCUAUGGUUCAAAAUAAGACUUUUUUGCUGUAUAAAGUUUUUUUUUUCCAAAAGUGCUCCCAGUCGGAGCUACGAUCCCCCAAAAUUUCGGAAAGUAAAUCGUUUUCCCUGAAUUUUGGCAAUGGUUGUGAACCAAAUCUCAUGAAAAUGUGUACUUUCCUGUACUUUUAUGCCCUGAAUUCAUAAAUGAUCCAAAAAAAAAUCGAAAUCUCAUUUUAAAGAGGGGUUUGGGGUUUUUUUGACUUCUGCAGUCUGGCCGCUUACCCAUGGAUCACCCUGUAUACAUUUGUGAUUAGUGCAGUAUAUUUUCCAAAUUUUUGGAAUAAAAUCUACUUUUUUGCAUGAUUUUCUUUUUCGAAUCUUGAAGAGGGUGAUUACACGUGUACUUUAGCUAUCAUCGGCAAAGGGUUUAAAGCUGGUCUGACGCUUCUAGUAGAGUGGAAGUUCGCUGAAAUAUGAGAACAGUCAUAGUUGGUGCUGCAAAAUUUUCUUUGAAGAUGGAAAAAGAUUUUUCUGUUGCAACAAAAUCGUCAAGAAGUUCCAUCAGGCUAACAAGUAAGUAGUUUAAAAAAUAAACUGCAUCAAUCACCAGAUAAAAAAAGUAUCCCAACACCCUCUUAAACUGAAGGGUGGAAAAAAGUUUGAUUCCCGCCCAGCAAAAUUGAAAGUAUGUUAAAAUACACAAUGAAAAUUAUGUCAUUGAAGCCUCAAGAGUAUAAAAAAUAUGUUUUUGUAAAAAUAUUUCUAAUAACUCUUCAUUUCCUGGAUGACUGUGAAAUAUGCAAGGGGGUUAAAUUAUUAGUUCACUUUUCUUUUCUCCUGAGAGAAUUCGAAAGAAAUAGAACCUAUGUUUGAAGAAAUGAGUUUUGACUUUUCAAUCCCAAGAAGAAAUUCUGUAAACGUCGAGCUUUUACGUUCGCUAUUUUUGGUUUGAAAACAUGAGGUAAUCGAGUCAUCUACUGCAAAAGGAAGUGCAUACCAUAAUUUCUUCUACCUUCGUUUUAUUUUUUACCUGCAAUCAACAAUCAAAUCAUCAGGUAAUGCAGUGUAUCAGUGGAGGAAACUGUGGUAUACAGUAUUAUGGCAAAUAACAUCAAUAAUCUUGUUUUUUGAAGGUAAUAUCUUCUCAACUGCGGGGCAUUGAAAUUUGGCACUGAGACAAAUUUAAUUGUCCUCUGUGUGUAGUAUGUCCAUUCUAGCUUGAUUACAUGGAUAUAUCAAUGGACCCAUGAAUUGUGAGAAGAGUCUUUUGGUUUGGGCUUACGUUCUUUAAUCAUGUAUUUUUGUGAGUUAAAAAUUGUGUUCAACAAAGUUUACCUAACUGUUGGUAGAAACUUAUCACUAUUGUUAUGUAUUCUUACUUUAUUUAGUCAUUCCUGUUUUUUUAAGAUAUUUUUCUUUUCCUGUUCAAAAUAUAAAUUAAUUUAAUUACGCUUAAAA